AUGGCCUCUCUCGCCACUACCUACGAUGGCCCCGUCUCAAUCGCUGUUAUUGGAGGCACCGGCUUGCGUGAGCUCCCUGGCUUCACGCAAGUGGCUUCCCUGUCUGUGAAGACCCCCUGGGGAGAACCCUCGUCCCCGAUCACCAUUCUCCACCAUCAGUGCAAACACAAUGGCAAGGUCGUCGCUGUGGCUUUUCUGAGCCGUCACGGCCUGCACCACCAGAUCGCUCCCCACGAGGUUCCCGCUCGGGCGAACAUCGCGGCUUUGCGGUCCAUUGGAGUCCGCAGCAUCAUUGCAUUCUCGGCGGUCGGUAGUCUGCAGGAGCAGAUCAAGCCCCGCGAUUUCGUGGUUCCGGAUCAAGUCAUUGACCGGACCAAGGGCGUUCGCCCAUGGACUUACUUCGAGGGUGGAGUGGUUGGCCAUGUUCCCUUUGGUGAUCCAUUCGACGAGGGAAUUGCGAAGGUUGUGCGGGCCUGCGGCCACAGCCUGGAAGGCGAUGGGGUUACGUUGCACGAUCGUGGGACUAUUGUCUGCAUAGAGGGGCCUCAAUUCUCUACCCGAGCCGAGAGCCACAUGUACCGUGCCUGGGGUGGCAGCGUCAUCAACAUGUCCGUCUUGCCCGAAGCCAAGCUGGCUCGCGAGGCUGAGAUCGCUUAUCAGAUGAUCUGUAUGUCUACAGACUACGAUUGCUGGCACGAAUCGACCGAGGAUGUGUCGGUGGAGAUGGUCAUGGGCCAUAUGAAGGCCAACGCCGACAACGCUCGUCGGUUUGUUACUGCUGUUCUCGAUGCCUUGGCCGGCGAUGAACACGCCGAUCUGAUCAAUGCCAAGCAUCUGGCUGGUUCUGUCAAGUUUGGAUUCAGCACUCCUCAGCCCAAUUGGAGCCCCGAGGCUAAAGAGAAGCUUUCGUGGCUUUAUCGGGGAUAUUUUGAGUAG